GCGUGCCGACGCCUGCGUCAGCAAAGAGCGGGGCUGGGGGUACCCGGUUUGAAGUCGUGCGGGUCGGAGGACUGCCGCCUCCGCUACAGCCUCCGACCCCUGCUCCCCGGCCGCGGCGGGGACGAGCUCGGGUAGGCGGCAGGGCAGAUGCCCGAGGGCCUGCGACGGGACGCCCCGCGCCGCACCGGCCGCUCCCCUCUGUUCCGCGGCCUGGGCCUGUGCCGCUCUGCUCUCUGGAAACUAGCGACUCAGCGGCGCGGCGCUUAGCUCGCGGAGAGCUCCGGACCGCAGGCGCCCGGCCAUGGCGGUCUCCAGGCUUGAUCGUCUAUUUAUUUUACUGGAUACUGGAACUACUCCAGUUACAAGAAAAGCUGCCGCGCAGCAACUUGGAGAAGUGGUGAAGCUUCAUCCCCAUGAACUAAAUAAUCUUCUAUCUAAAGUAUUGAUAUAUUUAAGGAGUGCAAAUUGGGAUACCCGGAUUGCAGCAGGACAAGCUGUUGAAGCUAUAGUGAAAAAUGUACCUGAGUGGAAUCCAGUGCCAAGAACCAAACAAGAACCUACUGCAGAAAGUUCUAUGGAAGAUUCAUCUACUGCAGAUCGAUUGAAUUUUGACAGAUUUGAUAUAUGUAGAUUGUUACAACAUGGUGCAUCACUCUUGGGAUCUGCUGGUGCAGAAUUUGAACUCCAGGAUGAAAAAUCAGGUGAAGUGGAUCCUAAAGAGAGGAUAGCACGCCAACGAAAACUAUUACAGAAGAAACUUGGCCUUAAUAUGGGAGAAGCAAUUGGAAUGAGUACUGAAGAACUCUUCAAUGAUGAAGAUUUGGAUUAUACCCCAACUUCAGCAGCCCUUGUAAACAAACAACCUACUCUUCAGGCAGCUGAAUUGAUUGACUCAGAAUUUCGAGCAGGAAUGAGCAAUAGACAAAAGAACAAAGCUAAAAGAAUGGCCAAAUUAUUUGCAAAACAGAGAUCCAGGGAUGCAGUGGAAACUAAUGAGAAGAGGAAAGAACUGUGGAUGAUUCAGCAGCAUCAGGAGUGGUUGGAAGACUUGGUUAUUAGACUCCUUUGUGUUUUUGCCUUAGACAGAUUUGGAGACUUUGUUUCUGAUGAAGUUGUGGCACCAGUUCGUGAAACUUGUGCUCAAACAUUAGGUGUGGUUUUAAAACACAUGAAUGAAACAGGAGUGCAUAAGACUGUGGAUGUGCUGCUAAAAUUACUUACGCAAGAACAAUGGGAGGUUAGACAUGGUGGUCUUCUGGGAAUAAAAUAUGCUUUGGCAGUCCGUCAGGUACCCUUCAUUAUAAAUACAUUAUGGGAUGCUCUUCUGGAACUAGAUGAUCUAACAGCUUCAACAAAUAGUAUUAUGACUCUUCUUUCAUCCUUGUUAACUUAUCCUCAGGUCCAACAAUGCAGUAUUCAGCAGUCACUCACAGUUUUAGUUCCACGUGUCUGGCCUUUUUUGCAUCACACUAUAUCAUCAGUUCGAAGAGCCGCAUUGGAAACUCUGUUUACGUUAUUAUCAACACAGGACCAGAACUCUUCGUCUUGGCUUAUACCUAUCCUGCCUGAUAUGCUCCGACACAUUUUUCAGUUCUGUGUUUUAGAAAGCAGUCAAGAAAUUCUGGACCUCAUUCACAAGGUUUGGAUGGAGCUGUUGAGCAAGGCUUCUGUUCAGUAUGUGGUAGCAGCUGCUUGCCCAUGGAUGGGUGCUUGGCUUUGCUUAAUGAUGCAGCCUUCUCACUUACCUAUUGAUUUAAAUAUGUUGCUAGAAGUAAAAGCGAGAGCCAAGGAAAAAACAGGUGGUAAGGUGCGCCAAGGCCAAAGCCAGAAUAAAGAAGUACUUCAGGAAUAUAUUGCAGGUGCAGACACCAGCAUGGAAGACCCAGCCACCAGGGAUUUUGUGGUUAUGCGGGCCAGAAUGAUGGCAGCCAAGUUGUUAGGAGCACUUUGCUGCUGUAUUUGUGAUCCAGGUGUAAAUAUGGUAACCCAAGAAAUUAAACCAGCUGAAUCCCUGGGCCAGUUACUGCUCUUCCAUUUGAACUCCAAAUCUGCCUUACAGAGGAUUAGUGUAGCUUUGGUAAUCUGUGAAUGGGCUGCUUUACAGAAGGAGUGUAAAGCUGUUACCCUAGCUGUGCAGCCACGUUUACUUGCUAUCCUUUCAGAACAUUUAUAUUAUGACGAAAUUGCUGUUCCAUUCACACGAAUGCAGAAUGAAUGUAAACAGCUCAUAUCAUCAUUAGCUGAUGCACAUAUUGAAGUUGGUAAUAGAGUAAACAACAAUGUUUUAACAAUAGAUCAAGCUAAUGACCUGGUCACCACUGUUUUUAAUGAAGUCACAUCAUCUUUCGAUGUAAAUCCUCAAGUGUUACAGCAGUUAGAUAGCAAACGACUGCAGGUCCAAAUGACAGUUACAGAGACCAACCAGGAGUGGCAAGUGUUGCAGUUGAGAGUACAUACUUUUGCUGCAUGUGCAGUUGUGAGUUUGCAGCAGCUUCCAGAGAAAUUAAAUCCUAUCAUAAAACCAUUAAUGGAGACGAUUAAAAAAGAAGAGAAUACACUAGUGCAAAACUAUGCAGCUCAGUGCAUAGCUAAACUACUUCAGCAGUGCACGACAAGGACGCCCUGUCCCAAUUCAAAAAUUAUUAAAAACCUCUGUAGCUCACUUUGUGUGGACCCAUAUCUAACUCCUUGUGUCACAUGUCCAGUACCAACACAGAGUGGCCAGGAAAAUUCUAAAGGAUCCAACUCAGAAAAAGAUGGAAUGCACCAUACAGUGACCAAGCACAGAGGUAUAAUUACACUCUAUAGGCAUCAGAAAGCUGCUUUUGCUAUCACAAGUAGGCGAGGUCCUACCCCCAAAGCGGUAAAAGCUCAAAUAGCAGAUCUUCCUGUAGGAAGUAGUGGAAAUAUUCUUGUUGAACUUGAUGAGAGAGAGAUAGAGUCCAUCUGUAUGCUGUUAUCCUCCAUGAUCAACAACAUGGCUUCAGCUGAAUUUUUGAAAAAUUAUUUGCAAGAUGAUACAGACUUAAAACAAUAUAUUUUAAUAGAUGGAAAGUCCCUCCUGGAAAAGGGAGAUGGCCCUGCUCAAGAAUUGGUGAAUUCUCUGCAAGUUUUUGAAACAGCAGCAGCUUCAAUGGAUUCCGAGCUUCAUCCCUUGUUGGUACAGCAUUUGCCUCAUCUUUAUAUGUGCCUCCAGUACCCCAGCACUGCAGUGAGGCACAUGGCCGCUCGUUGUGUAGGCGUCAUGAGCAAAAUAGCUACCAUGGAAACAAUGAAUAUUUUUUUGGAGAAGGUUCUUCCAUGGCUGGGAGCAAUUGAUGACAAUGUGAAACAAGAAGGCGCAAUUGAAGCACUUGCCUGUGUAAUGGAACAACUAGAUGUUGGCAUUGUUCCAUAUAUUGUCCUUUUAGUUGUUCCUGUGUUGGGAAGAAUGAGUGAUCAGACAGACAGUGUAAGAUUUAUGGCUACCCAGUGUUUUGCAACACUAAUUAGACUCAUGCCACUUGAGGCAGGCAUUCCAGAUCCCCCAAAUAUGUCAGAAGAAUUAAUCCAAUUGAAAGCAAAGGAACGACACUUUUUGGAGCAAUUGUUAGAUGGGAAAAAGUUGGAAAAUUAUAAAAUUCCAGUACCGAUCAAUGCUGAACUCCGAAAAUAUCAGCAGGAUGGUGUGAACUGGUUAGCAUUUCUUAAUAAGUAUAAACUUCAUGGAAUUCUGUGUGAUGACAUGGGUUUAGGGAAAACUUUACAGUCCAUCUGCAUCCUGGCAGGAGAUCAUUGCCACAGGGCCCAGGAAUAUGCAAGAUCAAAAUUGGCAGAAUGUAUGCCACUUCCUUCUUUGGUGGUUUGUCCACCAACGUUAACAGGUCAUUGGGUGGAUGAAGUAGGUAAAUUUUGCUCCAGAGAAUAUCUCAAUCCAUUGCACUAUACUGGGCCUCCCACUGAAAGAAUAAGGUUACAGCACCAAGUAAAAAGGCACAAUCUGAUAGUGGCUUCAUAUGAUGUUGUGAGGAAUGACAUAGAUUUCUUUAGAAAUAUUAAAUUUAACUACUGUAUUCUUGAUGAAGGCCAUGUCAUCAAAAAUGGAAAAACAAAAUUGUCAAAAGCGGUUAAACAACUAACUGCUAAUUACAGGAUUAUUCUUUCUGGAACACCAAUCCAGAACAACGUUUUGGAGCUGUGGUCAUUAUUUGAUUUCCUCAUGCCAGGAUUUUUGGGUACUGAACGCCAGUUUGCUGCUCGAUAUGGUAAACCUAUAUUAGCAAGUAGGGAUGCUCGAAGCUCCAGUCGAGAACAAGAAGCAGGUGUUCUUGCUAUGGAUGCCCUGCACCGCCAAGUCCUGCCAUUUCUUUUGAGAAGAAUGAAAGAAGAUGUUCUGCAGGAUCUCCCACCUAAAAUUAUUCAAGACUAUUAUUGCACUCUCAGUCCUCUCCAGGUUCAGCUCUAUGAAGAUUUUGCUAAGUCUCGUGCCAAGUGUGAUGUUGAUGAAACAGUUUCUUCAGCUGCACUUUCUGAAGAAACUGAAAAACCAAAGCUUAAAGCUACAGGCCAUGUAUUCCAGGCAUUACAGUACUUACGUAAGCUGUGCAACCAUCCAGCAUUAGUCUUAACACCUCAACAUCCGGAGUUCAAGAGCACUACUGAAAAACUGGCAGUUCAGAAUUCUUCUCUUCAUGAUAUUCAGCAUGCUCCAAAACUCUCAGCUUUGAAACAGUUGCUGUUGGACUGUGGUUUGGGAAAUGGCAGCACUUCCGAGAGUGGCACAGAGUCUGUUGUGGCCCAGCAUAGAAUACUGAUCUUCUGCCAGCUUAAAAGCAUGCUUGAUAUCGUAGAACAUGAUCUUCUCAAACCUCACCUGCCUUCUGUCACUUAUUUGAGAUUAGAUGGCAGCAUACCUCCUGGUCAGAGGCAUUCCAUUGUUUCUCGGUUUAACAAUGAUCCAUCCAUAGAUGUUCUCUUACUUACAACUCACGUUGGUGGCCUGGGGCUUAACUUGACAGGCGCUGACACGGUGGUAUUUGUGGAGCACGACUGGAAUCCCAUGCGAGAUCUACAAGCCAUGGACCGGGCCCAUCGCAUUGGGCAGAAACGUGUGGUUAACGUGUACCGAUUGAUAACCAGAGGAACGUUGGAAGAGAAAAUAAUGGGUUUGCAGAAAUUCAAAAUGAACAUAGCGAAUACCGUUAUUAGCCAAGAGAAUUCUAGUUUGCAGAGUAUGGGGACCGAUCAACUUCUUGAUCUGUUCACUCUUGAUAAGGAUGGCAAAGCAGAAAAAGCUGACACCUCUACUUCUGGAAAAGCAAGUAUGAAAUCAAUUCUUGAAAACCUGAGUGAUCUCUGGGAUCAAGAGCAAUAUGAUUCAGAGUACAGCCUGGAAAAUUUUAUGCAUUCUCUCAAGUAACUGUCAAAUAUUAUAAAUGCAAUUGCUGCUAGUUCAGUUACAUUUCUGCUGAUAUUCAGCAAAUUUCUAAGUUUAUGGUGAACUUUCAACUCAAUGUGUAAAUAGAUCGGAAGAAUAUUCAGCGUAACGCUGGCUCUUGUUUCACUGGGGGGAACAAGUUAUUCUCAAAUAUUUGCACUGUAUUAAAUUUAAAUGUUAAUGUGAAAUGGUUUAAAUUUUACAUACUGAAAAGCUGCAGAGCAGAGGAACCAAACCAGGUUUACGUGUGCUACCAGGAGGUGUUCUUACAGGGAACAAGCCUCCUAUCUUUACAUAGUCACUUUGUACAGGAUGAUAUCCAUGAGUACUUUAGUGUUCAUGUACAUUUUUUCUUUUAAAUAGAACUCGUUUUUAUAAUUGAUUAAAGAUAGGGCUUUUUUUGUAUAAAAGCCUUAAUGAGCCAUAAUUUUAAGACUAUAAGAAUAACAACUAUGAUAUUGGUCAGUCUUGGAACAUGAAAAUGUUAGACAAUGAAUUUAGGUCCUUGGUGGAAACCUUUAUAUAUUUAAUGUAGCUGCAUAGUGUUUUUCAAAUCUUUAACAUCAUUUUUUCAACUUUUAAAAUAUAAUAUCAACUAUUCUAAAUACAGGUAAUGGUAUAUUUAAGGCUACCAUAACAUCCUAUUAAGAGGGUGGUUUUUUUUUUAAUUUAUCUAAUGGCUAGGAUAUAGCCAGAUUCAAAGAACAUAUGUACUCAAUAGGUUUCAAUCAUAUAUAUAAUAUAUUUUUUGUAACUAUGAACAUAUACAGUUUUCCAGAAGUAGAUUUUACACUGUUUAGAAUUCCAAAACCUAUGUGAAAAGACUGUUUAUUGUAGUAAUGCAUGAUUGAAACAUAAAAGUGAAAAAGAUUACCUUUUUAUACACAAACAUACACAGAUACACAUAUCUCUAUGCACAAAUGUACCUAUCUUGCACCCAAAAAUACGCCUGGUAUUGGCACUAAAAUCAUGUAGUUAUACUGGGCAGCAAUAAGAAUUGGGCAUGAAACUGAUUAGUGUUAGAAAAGUGAGCUCAGUGGUGAGGGUGGGUAUAUGUAGGUAGAUAUGCAUGUAUGUGUAUGUAUAUAUAAUUUUAUAAAUUUCACACAUAAAUUAAUACCUGCCUGUGUGCAUACAUAUGUAUGGAAAUAUUUGUAUAUAUAUGUACAGGUAAUAAACAUCCCCAAGGUUUGUGGCUGGCCAUACCCAUAGGCAUCAGUUUGAAAACCAUCAGACCUCAACUGUACAAUAACAUGUGUUUUGUUUAAAAUCAUUAAAAUUAUACUGUUCUGCAGCAUUUAGACAUGGACAUUUGUCACAUUUCAGUAGUUUUGACAACCAUACUGUAACAUUAAACCUAGCAUUCCACAAGAGAAUAAAUAUAAGAUUGAAACUGUAAAA